AUGCUGGAUCUGGCCUCCAUGGGCCGGUCAUGGAAAGGGGCACCGUUUGUAGUACACGGGCGGGAGAACGUUGGCGCAGGGGAGGGUACUUGGGAAUAUGCAGGCGUGGAGUUAGAUUUCUGUGUUGCAGCACACUUGAGCGUCGUGUUGGGUCUGGCAGCUGCCUCUCUGGCCGCUCCGUCACAGCCUCCCUACGGAUACUCUCCUCCUCCCUCUUAUCAGACUCCAGCUCAGUACAACUUCGACUGGGUCGUGAAGGACGACUACUCCGCCAACGACUACGGCCACCAGGAGUCCCGCGACGGAUACAACACACAGGGAUCCUACUACGUGCAGCUUCCUGACGGUCGCCUACAGAAGGUCACCUACCACGUGGACGGCGACUCAGGCUACGUGGCCGAGGUCACCUACGAGGGACAGGCUCACUACCAAGCCCACCAACCUUCCUACCAUCCUACACCUGCAUACCAACCUACCCCUUCCUACCACACCACCCCUUCCUACCACACCACCCCUUCCUACCAUCCUACACCUUCAUACAGACCUACCCCUUCUUACAAGCCAAGACCUCAUCACUGA